AUGGUGACGCAGUACAAAGGGGCAGCAUUUGGUGAACUGAGCCCCCAGUCCUGCCCUUUUGUUUUUGCGGAUGCAGCAUAUAGCCUACAUCGCUACAAUGCUAACUGUUUCUAUGCAGCUUUGUGGUCCUUUUUCCUUCCCAUGUACCUUUGUCAGGUUGUGGUAAUUCUAGAGCUGGGUGGUGUUUCCAUUGGUGAAGGGUAUGGCUAUGAUCAUGACAUGACAAUUGAGAGGAGGCCUUCUGCCUUCAUGCUUUGGGACCGAGUAGGGACCACAAUGAGCGGCAUGUUUUAUUAUGACAUUGAUGAUUCUAAAGAAUAUUUUGCUACAAGGGGGCCAAUGGAUGUUGUUGGAAUUAGUACUGAGGAAAGGUGUGACAUAAAGUCUUUAGAGGAUUCCCUCUUCAAACGUAUAAUUGUAACUCAUGAUGAAACCAUUACCAAAUGGCUUGAUCCAGAAGCUGCAGUUGCCAGUAGAGAUGCUUUGGCAAAUUGUGUUGUUGUUAACACUUUUUGUAUUUAUCCAGAAGAUGGUGAAGCACCACCAAGUGGAGUGGAUGAUAGGACAAAGCUGGCUUAUUUUCAUAAGCCAGGAGUUCUGCAUAAUUUAAAUUCGAGAUAUGAUGUCAAUGAAAUAUAUAGUUAUGAUCAAUUAAGGAAUCAGUUAGUCAAUAUGCUUAGUGGCGAGAGUGAAGUGGGUGAAACGGAAAGCACAAAAUUGCUCAUGCAGUAUCUUGCUUACUUGGGAGGCAGAGCUGCAUCUGAGGGGAGGAUUGUCGCACAGCAAGUCCUGGAGGUAUGCCUUGCAUUUCAGCCUGUCCAACAAGCUUAG